UGUCAUCCGCGCACAGACCACACAAAACAGCAGCAGAAACUACACAGAACAGAAGCGCAGCACAAGCAUAGCAUCACUCGGGCGUAUAUAUUGUAACCACCGUACGGAUCUGCUGUGGAAAGACUUUUUUGUUGUUGUUGUUGUAGACAGAAGCGUCUAGAUUAAUAUUUAUUUAUCGUUUUUUAAAAAAUAAAUAAAUAAAGCUUUUUUUUGUGGAAGAUAUGGAUUUCACAGAAGAAGAGCAAUCUUUUUCAAACGAAGCAAGAUCGCCACUGGAACUAAAGAAAGGAAUGUCAAUCUUUAUUGAUAUCUUAAGAAGAGCAGAUAAAAAUGAUGAUGGCAAGCUCUCCUUUGAUGAAUUCAGAGCCUACUUUUCCGAUGGAGUCCUCAGUGGUGAUGAACUGCAGGAGCUUUUUCACGCCAUUGAUACUCACAAGACAGACAAUCUGGAUACAGAUGAACUAUGUGAAUAUUUUUCCCAACACCUUGGAGAGUAUGAUAAUGUUCUGGGUGCCCUGGAAGAUUUGAACAUCUCAAUACUGAAGGCAAUGGGUAAAACCAAAAAAGACUACCAAGAGGCCUCCCACCUGGAGCAGUUUGUGACUCGCUUCCUGCUGAAAGAAACAACCAAUCAGCUGCAGUCUCUGCAGAGCUCAUUGGAGUGUGCCAUGGAGACCACAGCAGAACAAACUCGUCAGGAAAGAAAAGAGCCAGUGAAGCCUGAGGUGCUGUCAAUUCAGUGGUCAGGAAAACGAUCCAAUCGAAGGCUUCAAAGGAAUAACAGCUUAUCUCCUAACAACCCACAUUUCAACAUUGUCAACUCAGGUCUUCAUGAGGAAGAUAACCAGUGGAUUUCUCAAAUAAACAGGCUACAGAAACUGAUUGACAGGUUAGAAAAGAAGGAACUAAAACUUGAGCCAGUGGAAGAAGAAAUUUUAGAUGGAAGCACAAAAACUCACAUCCUGAUAGUGCAGCGGCAGUUAAGUGUGCUCGAGGAGGAGCAGGAGGAGUUCCGGCUGGCCCUGAGACAGUAUAUUGAGUCUGCUACCUCACAGACAGGGUGCUUGCAUAUUGCUGUACAGAAGCUUUCGAAUGAGUCCCGUUUCAUACUUUAUGAAUUCUGGGAGCACAGCAAUGUCUGGAAAAAUCACCUCCAGACUAACUACAGCAAGACCUUCCAGCGGAGUAACGUGGAUUUCUUGGAGACCCCUGAGCUUAUGACAACAAUGCUUGUCCCAGCUUCAUGGUGGGUCCUAAACAAUAACUAAGAAACAAUAACAUGUGCCAACACAGAGAAAAUGUGCAGUAAACUUCUAGAACUAGGAAGCAAAGUGGUAGUAGUAAUUUCCAGUUGUGAGAACAAGCCUCCUGAAUCUGCAUUGUAUCAGUGUUCAUUGUAAAGCUUUGUACAGCAUUAUCUCGUUUUAUGGACGUUGUGUAUUGAAACAAUAAAACCAAUUGGAUGUUAGUGAAACUGUGUUAACCCGUUCAUCCUGAGAUUAAUAUCCCCACUGUAUAGUACUAUGUAAUGUGUAUAGUAUGUCCUUUAGUACCGUAUUAAUACCUGUAGUGUUCUGUAUUGCAACUACUAAAUUGACCAUGUGAUGUAACAUAGUUAAAUAUUUUGUCUGAUUAUUUCACCCAACAGAAUAUUUUCUUCUGGAUAACUGUUGAACACAUCUCUCCAUAAUAAAACGCACCCUUGGUUCUUCUCGUGUU